GACAAAGCCGGGGGGGCGGGGGGGGCUGGCUGUUGCCUCCCUCCCUCCGCUAGCGCGUUUCCCUCGCUCGCUCCAUCCCGCCUCCCGGGGGGGGGGAGCCUGUCUGCAGCCGCCGCACCCGGGUCCCCCCCAGCAUCUCGGGCAGCGCGACAGGGCACCCCAAUGUCGGACGACACGGAAAAGGACGAGACACCCCCCCUGGGGCCAACUGAGCUGCAGUCACCCCCCUCGGCCCCAGACGUUCCCCCCUCGGCCCCAGAUGCCCCCCCCUCAGCCCCAGACGUUCCCUCACUGGCACGAGUCAUUUCCUCUUCUGCCCCACCUGCCCCCCCCUCAGCCCCACAUGCCCCCCCUUCACCAGCAGUGACUGUGAUGGUGGAGGAUGAGGGGGAGCCCGAGGAGGGGCCCCAACAAAAUGGACAGGCCAUGGGUGUGGGGGGUGCCCCCUGCCCCCCCCAAACCUCCCCCCCCACUCCGGCCCCUGCUCGCUCCAAAUCGGCCUCCCUGGGCGACUUGGGGGGCAAGGCCAGCGCUAACGGGGGGCCGCGGGUGCGGGGCAGCCUGGUGGGGUCCCAGGUGCAUCUGGCGGGGGCAGGCUCGCCCCGUCCUAGCCUGAGCCGCCAGCCCUCGGGGGCCGAGGGGGGCCCGGAGGCGGAGAAGCCGCGGGAUUACAUCCUGCUGGCCGCCCUGGCCUGCUUCUGCCCCAUCUGGCCCAUCAACAUCGUCGCCUUCGUUUACUCCGUCAUGUCCCGGAACAGCCUGCAGCAGGGGGACGUGGACGGGGCGCGGCGGCUGGGCCGUGUGGCCAAACUGCUGAGCAUGGUGGCCCUGCUCGGGGGCGUCAUCAUCAUCGUCCUCUCGGUCGCCAUCAACUUCGGCCUGUUCCAGUGAAGACGACUCCGUGCUGUUCCCAGCCCCCCCAACCCAGGAGCCCCCCUGGCACUGCUCUAAUGGGGACCAACCAUCCAGGGGGGCCAAGGGGGCAGAGAGGGGGAUUACAGCAGCCAACAGAGGGGUGUGGCCUCCAAUCCCCCUUCUGCCUCGGGGACGGAGCCAGAAAAGAAGAACAGAAGGAGAAAAUGGAGGAAGAAACCCCUCUCCAUCUGUCCACCCAUAUGCCUUCAUCCAUCUGUCCCGCCGUCCAUCCAGCCAUUCUGCCAUCCAACCAUCCGUCCUGCUGUCCAUCCGUCCAUCCAUCCCACUAUCCAUCUAGCCGUCCUUCCAGCCAUUCUGCCAUCCAUCCUUGCGUCCGUCCAUCCAUCCCAGAGUCCUACUGUCCAUCUAGCUGUCCUGCAAUCCGUCCAUUCUGCUGUCCGUCCAGUCGUCUAUCGACUUAUCCAUCCAGUGAUGCAUCUCUCUGUCCACCCACCCAUCCAUCCAUCCCCCCUGCCAUCCAUCCAUCCA